GUUCCGCAGAGGAGGAGUCGGGUCCAGUGUUUCCGGGUUAUCGGUCUGAACCCGGGUCUCUGGGUUACACAUGUGGCGACGAGCCUCAGCUUUUCCACCAAAACACACCGAGAAGGUUUGAUAAAGCUUCGUGUCGAGCCGCCAUGGGUCCGCCUCGGUCGAAGAAGCGUCGUCCGACGUUCCGCCGCCUGUUGAAGACGAGCGGCGUGAAGCUGGAGAACAAACUGAAGAACCGCCAGCUGAAGCAGCAGAACGUCGCCAAGAAGCAGCGUAAAGAGCAGAAGAAGCUGAGGCAGGCGGUGAAGGACGCCGUCAUCAGGACGCCGCGCCCGCUGGAGACGUACAGGAAGAGACCCGAGGAAGAGCAGGAGGAGGAGGAGGAGUUUCUGGAGAGCCUGCCGACAGACAUGAUGGAGGACGAAGACCUGCAGCAGAUGACGGCGAUGGCUCGACGAGCGUCCUUCGUCACCAGAGACCUGUCGUCAUGCGGGCCGGUGCACGGCGGAAAGAAGCGGAGCUCAGAGGUGGUUCGGAGUUACGAGAAGGUUCCCAGGAAGAUGGCGAGGACGGAGGAGACGGAGGUCAUCCACCUGCUGCCAAUCAAAGACAAGACGGGCGUCGUCCCACAGAGCAUAGAGAGAGUCGUCCAAAAGCAGCCGGAGGAGGAAGACGAGGAAGAGGAUGCUGCCGACGAGCCGGAGGAGUUUGAAAACGAGGGGGAGCCACUGAGCGCUGCAGCGCUGACGGCAGAGCAGCGAGAGCAGCUCAGAGUUCACAAGAUAAAUGAGAAGAAACUGUGCAUCGCCAGCCUGGGAUCAGCCGUCAUGUCAGACCCCUACAGUAAUGUGAAGCGGCUGAAGGAGCUGCGUGGCAUGCUGAUGGAGUCGGACCCCUGUGUGGCGGUGACGGUCAGGAAGCUGGUGAUGGUUUCUCUGAUGGAGAUCUUUAAAGACAUCACCCCCGCCUACAGGAUCCGACCUCUGACCCCCGCAGAGAAGGCCACCAAGGUGAAGAAGGAAACUCAGCAGCUCCGAGAGUUUGAAGAAGGUUUGGUCAGUCAGUACAAGUUCUACCUGGAGGACCUGGAGCAGACCAUCAAAGACUGGAAGCAGAAGAAGAAGAAGCGCAGUCAGGCGGUGGGUUUCCAGUCGUACCUCGGUCUGGCUGAAGUUGCCGUUCGCUGCCUGUGCGAGCUGCUGCUCGCUCUGCCUCACUUCAACUUCCACAACAACAUCAUCGUCGUCCUCGUCCCGCUGAUGAACGACCCCGUCAGGAAGGUGGCAGGUAUGUGUUGCGAUGCGUUCAGGAAGCUCUUCCAGCAGGACAAAGUGGGCGGGGCUUCGUUGGCCACUGUGCGGGUCAUCUCCGGCCUCGUCAAGAGCCUCAACUACAACGUCAAGCCUGAGGUGCUGAGGACCCUGCUGAGCCUGAGGAUAAAGGAGGUGGAGAUGAAAAAGGACAUGGAGGACACGGCACCAAAGAAGAAGUUCAUGAACAACAAAGAGAAGAAGAAGAACCUGUCCAGGAUGCAGAGGAAGUGGAAGAAGGCGGAGGAGAAGCUGGAGAAAGAGCUGCUGGAGGCCGAAGCCUCAGAGAGCAAAGAGAAGAAGAUCAAACUGCACACAGAGACUCUGAACAUCGUCUUCCUCGUCUACUUCAGGAUCUUGAAGAAAGCUCAGAAGUCUGUUCUGCUUCCUGCUGUGCUGGAGGGCCUGGCCAAUUUUGCUCACCUGAUCAACCUGGAGUUCUUUGACGACCUGCUCAACGUGCUGCAGAACCUCAUCCAAUCAGGAGAUCUGACCAAUCGGGAGAGUCUCCACUGCAUCCAGACCGUCUUCACCAUCCUGUCAGGACAGGGUGACGUUCUGAACAUCGACCCGCUCAACUUUUAUUCUCAGCUCUACAAAAUGCUGCUGCGGCUCCACGCAGGGGCGCCCAAUGAUGACAUCAUCAUCGUGCUGCGGUGUCUGGACGCCAUGCUGACCCGCCGCAAGAAGCAGGUGACCCUGCAGAGGGCGAUGGCGUUCGUCAAACGACUGAGCACGCUCAGUCUGCACGUGCUGCCCAACGCCAGUGUGGGAAUCCUCGCCGCCAGCAGAGCCGCCGUGCACGCCUUCCCGAAGUGUGACUUCCUGUUGGAUAACGAGGUUCAGGGCAGCGGCUUCUACCUGCCAGAGCUCGACGAACCUGAACACUGCAACGCCCAAAACACAGCACUGUGGGAGCUACACACACUGCAGAGACACUACCACCCGGUCGUGCGGCGGUUAGCGGCCCACCUGUGUCAGGGAGCUCCCAGCGAAGGAUCGGCGUCGCUCGGUGCGGAGCUGAGCCGCAGGUCUCCGGUGGAGCUGUUCAACGUGUACAGCGUCAAAGACAUGACCUUUAACCCCCCUGUAGCUCCGCCCGCCACAAAGAGGAAGGUACGGAAGUCAAACGCACCUUCAGACAUUCAGUCAUUAUUGAUUCUGUGUACAGCCGCAGUUUUGUCAAUAAAGUUUCCUGUGGUUUUGAAAAUGUUCUUGUGUGUCAGGAUCGUUUUGUUGUCGGAGGGACGCUGCUGGACGCCGAACUGCAGAGACGAGCCGAGAGCGUCCUGACCGCCGGCGAGGAGACGGAGCUGGACUUUAAUACAACACACACACACACACACACACACACCGAGCACUGACACACACACACACACACACACACACUAUCUCUGUAGCUUCGUGUGCUGAAAGGUUUAACUCGUACUUCCUGUUGAAUAAAUGCUUUUUCGUGUUUUAUUGGAA